GCCAUGACGGAUAAGGCGAAUAUAACUCACUCCUCCAUUCGAAUGAAUACAUAAGCGCGUGACUAGUGAAUGGAUUGUGACAAUCGUUAAUAUAAGCUCUCGUAAACCCUUUCGCGAUGCUGACGUAAGGCUUCAUUUCUUUAUUGUUCCUUUUCAGUGAGGAAAAAAGCUUUUGUGGAUUUAUUAGGUACGAAUAUGUCUCUCGUCCGGAAUUCAAACUCUCCAAAUGCUAGAUGCUAUGAAUGAAAUGGAAAACUUGACUUCUUCGAGAAAUGAAGCUUUAAAAUUAUUUGUUUGGCCGAGAACAAGCCAAGGUAGCAUGACGAUCAGACUGAGAUGUAUCGUUAUCACUUUUGUUGUGGUAGUCUUUCGUACUUACACAAACGCCGAAGAUACUCUUAAUUGGGAUAGUGAAUGGAUUCCAUCUAGCAGAGAGUCUAUGUUAUACCGACGGUCCACUGACUCAAAGAGUAAACUCACCGAAGACGUUCAAGGUCGCAAUUAUGCUGUUCAAGAGUCUCCUUAUAAUGAAACUGACAUAAAUCAGUUAAUUGAACAGAUUAUCAAUUCGAGACGUGAAGGCCGCAUUCUAAAUGAAUACGAUGAAGUUUACGCGGACGGUAAUAUUGAUCAGGCUUUAAUGCAAGGCAACGAUGUACAGGCCCGCAAUUUAGUCCGCGAUAAACUUUGCGCCUUAGGGUUAAUGAAUUGUGAAAGCGUUGAAAGUAAACGCCCAUUCUACUCAGGUGUUUACGCCCAACCAAAUAAAUACGGAGGCGGACCGUAUGGUCCAGCUAGGCCUAUGCCACCUCCUGGUCAUUUUAAAGGCCGCCCUGUGCCAAACCCCUCCGGCCAUAACUCCUUUGGGCCACCACGAAAAGUUGGCUACGAUGGACCUUACAAGCCUCAUCAUUACAGACCGUCCGGACCAGGACCUAUAUAUAGCGGCUCUAGCUUGUUAGAGUCUCCACUAGCGCCCGGUAUACACACUCCGUCCUCGGCCAUUUUUAGCAAACCUCCACCGGGAGCCAUCAUUAUUGGUAGCAAGCCGCCCCCUGGUCCCAUUUUUGCUAAUAACAAUAACGCUCCUCCUUAUAACUUUGAAGCGCCCGAAAAAAUACAAUAUGCAGGCUCGCAACAGACAAACUUCUACAGUCAUCAGACGGCAGCAGCAUCAGCUUCCAGUUCUAACGUGGUCGUUAAUGAACCAGCUACUUCUGGCAAUUUGCAACAGCAUGUUCAUCAUCAUUAUCACCACGUAGAAGGCUCAGACCAAGGCAAGCUGCCAUCGGUUGCCAUACCCAUUAAUGCUGGACAGAAUAUUAAUACAGACUUCUCUGCUUUGGCUCAAUCUUCUGCUAGUUACACACCACAACUUCAAGGUGGCUUCACUCAGUCUCCCGCCUAUACCGGUGGCUUUAAUAGUGCCUCCCAAGGCGGCCUUAUAUCGCAAAACAUUAAUAAACCUUCUAGUCUAGGACUAGGCUCUUAUGGAUCAAAAUACACUCAAACAAGCAAUUUAGGUUCAAAUUAUCAUACCCAGAAGCCUGAUUAUUAUAAAAAGGAGUUACACAAUAUUGAUGGUCUGUCAGCUUCCAGUAAUUUCAACAGUUUGACAUCGGGUUAUGCAACACAGUCCCAAUACUCUGGUAAUGGUAUUUAUGAUACUUCGCGAAAUCAAUUCAUUGAAUGCCAAUGUGUACCAUAUAAUCAGUGCCCUGCUUCCGAUCGAAUUGGUCGUAAAGAAGAUUUAAUUUUACCUAUUGACCCUCGUAAUUUGGGCAAAGAUAUUGAAGCGUUGAGUGACGAAGCAGCCGCAAACGUUACUCUUCCAGAUAUUCCAACACAAUCGCAGCCAGGAGAGAACUCUAACUCAGACGGGACUGAAGAGAACAGCAAGCGCAGCAAACGCGAAGCUAUCAAAGCCGAAGACAAACAAUCAGAAGAUGAAGAAGAUUUACAUUUGGACGCAGAAGGGCGUCAAUUACUGGAGGCAUCACAGGCCCUACAAUUAUUACAGCGCAAUAUCUUGCCCACUUAUGGCGUUUCGUUUGGUUUGCCUUAUCCUAGUAAUCCGUCGGGAUAUCCACCUAACGUUUUGGGUGAAAAUUAUCCUGCGCAAAAUCCUUAUUUUGGUUCCAUAGGACCGAACGGACUCAAUCUGGGUUUAGUCAAUGUAAAUCCUUUAGUUUCCAUUCAGGUUCAAAAAACCGACUACGGCGAGAAAGUAGUUAAGCCUUUGAUUAAUUUGCAUGUGACCCCAAAUCUAAAUAUUUUGAAAAAAGUAAGCGGCUUAUUUAAACCUAAACCACAAUUUAUACACAAUACUCAUUAUCAUCAACACGAUCAUUUCUCGGAAAUUUUAUAUGAUCACCAUCACGAUGAAAUUCUAACUAGUCCCGAACACAUUGAACACUACUCGCCUAGCAUGGAAAUGCUACCCAAUAAACCGAUAUUUGAAUAUCACGAUAACGGACCAGGUUUACCACCUUUCGGUCUUUAUGAUCAAAAUCAUUAUGCCGAUCAUUAUGAACAUGACGACAGGCCUGGUUAUGCCAAAGAAACAAUUUACGAGGCCGAACAAAUUAAAGAUGUGCCGAACUUUGCACUCUCGGACAAUGACUAUGAAAAUCUAGACGGCAGUCGUCGACAAAGCAAAUUAUUAAAACUACCAAACGAGAGUAAGCGUGAGCAAGAAAUGAAAAAUGGCCUGUCCUUAAGUGAAAGCCAAGGAAGUAAUUAUGUAGCAUUUCCUCGAGAUCGUAAAAGACGGCAUAUUCAAGAUCAUGAAACUGAAUCAGCGCAGCUUGAUAGUACAUUGGCUAAAUUCGUGAAAGAAAAGGAGCGUGCUUAUUAUGGUAACCGACCCGUUGAGAAAAACUGCCGUAUUGAUGAGGUGUGUUGCCGUCGUCCAUUGCCUCCCGUUCAAUUAGCUCAGCAGUAUGGCCGGUGUGGCGUGCGUAAUGCGGCCGGUAUUACGGGACGUAUUAAGAAUCCAGUUUAUAUUGAUGGAGAUAGCGAGUUCGGCGAAUAUCCUUGGCAUGUCGCAAUUUUGAAAAAAGAUCCUAAAGAAUCGAUUUACGCUUGCGGUGCUACAUUAAUUGAUGCUCAACAUGUCAUUACAGCAGCUCACUGUAUCAAAUCGCAAAAUGGUUUCGAUUUAAGAGCUCGUUUGGGUGAAUGGGACGUUAACCAUGACGUUGAAUUUUUCCCCCACAUUGAACGUGACAUUGUUUCGGUUCAUAUCCAUCCGGAAUACUAUGCGGGCACUUUGGAUAAUGAUUUGGCCAUCUUGAAACUUGAUCAUCCGAUAGAUUUCUCAAAAAAUCCUCAUAUUAGUCCCGCUUGUUUGCCCGAGAAGUUUUCCGAUUUCACUGGAUCUCGCUGUUGGACAACAGGUUGGGGUAAAGACGCUUUCGGCGAACAAGGAAAAUACCAAAAUAUUCUUAAAGAAGUCGACGUGCCUAUAUUAUCUCAUCACCAAUGUGAGAAUCAGUUACGCAGCACUCGUCUCGGAUAUAAUUAUAAACUUAAUCCGGGUUUCUUGUGUGCCGGCGGGGAGGAGGGUAAAGAUGCCUGCAAAGGUGACGGCGGCGGACCAUUGGUUUGUGAACGCAACGGUAUUUGGAAAGUGAUUGGAGUCGUGUCUUGGGGUAUAGGCUGCGGACAAGUCAACGUACCUGGAGUUUAUGUACGUGUUGCACAUUACCUCGACUGGAUACAUCAAAUCACGCAGUAUUACAAAUGAUUGAGAAACACGCAUACAAUCAACAAUUGUAGUAGCUAUUGUUUAAAGCAAGAUAUAUUCCAGUUUCAUUAUCCGUAGCCAUUUAUUUAAUGCUUUCGUCAAUUUUUUCCAUUUUAUUUAUUAUUAGCAUUUUAAGCAUUUCGAACUAGUUUGCACCUUCAACACUUUCGUUUUAUUUAUUAUUUUACGAUGAUAAAAAUUUCUUGUUCGUAAAGUUUACUACUAAUGUGAUGUGAUUUAUACGUAGCUUCCCAAACCAUUCAAAUAAGUAGAAAGAAACGUGGAAGAGAGUGCAAAAAAACAACUCCUAAUUAUUUAUUAUUUUUUAUCUGUAUUUGUAAA